CAGACGGGCGGGCAACGCAAAUAAAUGACUUGUGGCGUGUGCUGUCAACUGUUUGUCCACCCGCUGUCCGCUCGCUCUGACGACAGAGGAAAGGAGUGCCCUUCAGUUGGGGGGCUCGUUUGGAGCCUGGUGCUGUUUUGUUUUGAAGGACUGGGGUCACGCCAGAAUGCAGGCCGGCACGGAGGGGACCGGACCCCAAGCAUCCUGCAGGGGUUUCCAGCGUUUCAGGAACUGAACCUGGAGCAUGUAGCUCCCCCUGGCCCAGAGCUGUGCUCAAGUCCCAGACCUCUGAAGCUCCAGCCCGGUUGGGAAGGAGUCAACAUGAGUGUGCGCUCCUACCUCCCCUAAGUGCUGCAUGAUACAGCUCUGGAGCGAUUCCGGGGAUGGGGAGAGAGGGCUGGAGGGCUUCCCAGCAGUGGCCAUGCUGCUGAGGAAGCUGGGUGCUGGUUCCAGGGAGUGGGGGUGGGCAAGGUGCACCCAGCAUGGUAGGAAGCCCUAGAACAUUUUGCAAACAAAGGCAGCUGUCUGGAGGCUCCUGCUGCAGAGAGGGAACUGGAACUGCUGGGUGGGCGUGUGUGCCUGCUUGUCAUCCAAGGAUGAGGAUGGUGUCAGGAUCCAGAGCUGCCUCACGUUCCUGCCCCCUGGUGUCAGGCAGCACAGACACUUGCUUAUACCAGAGAGUGGUGCCCUGCUCCUACUCAGUUGCUUGGCUGUGACAUUUUGGCAGGACAGGCUCUGACAGAGACUUGUUUCUUGUGAGCACACGCUAGUAGGUGUGUUGUCUUCUGCAUCUUCCAGACUGUGGUUGAGAGGACUGUGAGGCUUGUCUGCGUUUUGGAAACCCUUUAUAGGUUUGGUGCAGUGUCUCCCUGAAACCAGCACCUUCACCGUGAUGUGGGCCACAGCCUUUUGGUUUCUCAAUCUGUACAAAUCAGUAUUUUCCCUUUCUCUUUUCCAAAAUUGGUCUUUUCUUAAAAUGAGAGCUGCAUGACAGGAUGGAGACUCCAUGGGACUGAGAAGCAUCUUUCUUGUCAGCUCUUCUCAUUGCUGAUCCUUAAGAACCCUUUGUGUGGCCUCUGCCUUGAAAAGAUUUCCUCCCACUUUGCUGGCUUCAUUUCCUGGCUGUUGCCUGCCUCUGACUUCCUUUGUCUGUCAGGUGCAACCGAGAGAGGUGUGCAGAUGAACACAGAAGGUUUAAGGGCACAUCCUGUCCCCUUGUUAAAAGUUCACUGAUGGUCUGAUUCUUUCCUUGCCAUGAGCUCUAGAGCCAUUUCCCUUCUGAAGACUGGCUUCCCUGUGGUGAGAGGGGCCCUGCCUGGAGGCAGAGGAGGUGAUGGUAGGGGAGUCUUCCAGCCUGAGCUUUGAGCAAGAGGAACCUCAAUGGAGCAGCUCGCAGACAUGGCCUUAGGGCCCCAAAGGAGCUAUUGCCUGCUGCCUAAGGAACAGCCUAGGGUGUGAGCCAUAUCCAGUCCAGAAGCAAGUGGGCCAGGACACACACAACCAUGAGGCUGCCCAGGAAGCCUUUGUAAGGCAGCCUGCAGUGGGACAGCUGUCAGGCUGGCCUGAGAAGACAGGCCUGAUAGCCUUGUGGAUCUCUGAAACUGGCCCUUCCUAGCUCCCUGGUGUGUACAGGAGCCCAGGGCAGAGUGACAUUGGUUGGUGCCAUUUGACCUGCAGCCCAUCCUGGGCAGUCCCAAGUGCUAGGCAAGUUGGCCCCACUCCCACCAUUCUCAGCCACCUCACUGGGCUGCAGAAGACCCUAAGCAGACGCAGGGGGACUUUCUGUGGGGGAAGCUGCUGCUUGCGGCUGCUGGCCCACAGUGUGCCAGGGUGGCAGUCACUGCACACCUGGUCAAGAGCUGUGCCUUAUCUGUGAGUAUUCUAGUCUGCUUUCUGCUCCUAAAGGGCUGUGACUCAGGAGUCACCCUGCAGGUGGAUCAGGUUCCUCCUGAGCUUUCUUGCAUCCUGCACAGGAGUACAGGGCAUGCUGCCUUCUGGAAGAAGUGGCUGCGACUCAGCCUGACCUUUUCAUGUGGCCCUGCCUGCUAUGGGUAGUAAGGAUUCCACUGAGAUGGAAGCCAAUGCGUUCACACAGUCGCACAAACUCCCCACGGUGUAGAACACUCCGCCCUGGAAAGGAGCCCAGUGCACACUGUCCUCCCCAGCCCUGGCCGCUGCAGGUCUGCCUCCAUCAUUAGGCGUGUCUGCUGGAACUUCGUAUAGCAGCCCUGUCCACAGCACAUGGCCUUGGUGUCGCCCUUGGCUAGAGCUCAGGGGCCACAGGGCACCUCUGCCUUGAGCAGGUGAGGCCCGAGCAGGCCCAUGUAUGUUGCUGCUUUGCUCCUCUCACGUUUCCUCCACCAGUGUCACAUCCACACUGGAUGCUGCCACUGUCUGCCGCCAUGAACACCUUGUGCCUGGCCUUGCCAGCCCCUUCCUCAGGCUCACCAAACCCUGGGGCCAGGGACAGCACUGGGGUGAUAUGUGGUGCUGGCAAGACCCCCACCCACUCAGAGGAAGUGACUGAGGCCCUCUACUCUGCAGGAAAGGCUCAUAGGAACUUGUGUGUCCUGGAAGUCCUUAGGUCUUAGGAUGAGUCUGGCCCCUUUCAGGUGCGGGAUAAUCUGACUAGCCAGAUGGCAGAGGGCAGGAAGAGGGACGAAGGUGCCUCAAGCUCUGGGCACCACAAGAAGGACCUUCUCUUGAGAGGGGAUGAGAUCAUGUGAGGAACUCUGGCCUUAACCUUAACUGAGUCAUCUCUAAAUUCAGUACCGUUCCCACAUCCCUUCCAUCCAGCCUGGCUUCCCCGUCCUUACCCCAUGGCCAGCCUGCUCAGCGUGCAGGGAACUUCCUGCAGUCUGCAAAUUCUCCAUCUUUCUGUUGGGGCUGGGCCAGCUCUGCCUCCUCCAACUGAGCUCCGUCCUCAGGGCUGGAGUCUGUGUCCUUGUGUUCAGGAGUUUUGUUGAACGGGCUGUCCCCACAGUGCUGCUGGUGAAGCUGUACUGAGGUCAUCCUGUGCAGCUGGCGCCCCCUACUGGCAAGCGGCAGGUGGAAGUGGUGUGAACGCAGGCUGGAGUGUGGCCAGGCCAGGCCAGGCCCCUGCUGCCAGCAAGCAGGGCUCUGGACAGUCUCUCCAGGUGAUGUUGGCUAGAGCUCAGGGGCCACAGGGGACCUCUGCCUUGAGUGUGUGUCCAGUACCUGAGCCAGCCCAAGUACAGCCCUUCCUGUCACUGAGCCCCUCCUGCCGAGGAAGCUGUCCCCAGUUGACAAACUGGCCAGCUUCAGCUCUGUGCUGUCCAGUGAGUCCAGGGCUCUUCCCACAAUUGUUAGUGAUUUUACUCUCUGUGCUCCUAGGCUGUCCCCUGCCCUCUGAGGUUCUGUUGUCACCCUGACUAGGAGCCCGUGGGACAGAACCUCCCCCUCCUGUAGGGCCACGUGUGCUGGAGGCUGAAGCCGUGACUCUGCCCAGCCUCAGAACACAGCAGCCCCAUUGCUGGGAGGGGACCCUGCUCAUCUUUUAGCCAGAUGGUGCCCAUCCUUCUGGUGGGCCUUGGGCACGGGCAUAGCCCUCUCCAGGAAUGUUUGAACAGCGAGUCCUGUGUGCUAGUGCAUGAGAAGUGGCCUCUAUGAGGCCCAUGCUGGCCACCAGCCCUCAGGCCCAUGUCCCCUGCAGGUUCUGUGGGGAGUGCCUCCAGCCGUGCCUGCAGGUGCCAUCCCCCCUAUGCCCGCUCUGCCGCCUGCCCUUUGACCCAAAGAAAGUGGACAAGGCUGCACAUGUGGAGAAGCAGCUGUCCUCCUACAAGGCACCUUGCCGGGGCUGCCACAAAAAGGUCACCCUGGCGAAGAUGAGAGUGCACAUUUCCUCCUGCCUGAAGGUCCAGGAGCAGAUGGCCAACUGCCCCAAGUUCGUCCCUGUGGUACCCACGUCCCAGCCCAUCCCCAGUUGCUCACUGUCCUCCUGCUCCACCAGCAACAUCCCAAACAGGUCUACCUUCGCCUGCCCCUACUGCGGCGCCCGCAACCUGGACCAGCAGGAGUUGGUGAAGCACUGUGUUGAGAGCCACCGCAGUGACCCCCACCGCGUGGUAUGCCCCAUCUGCUCCGCCAUGCCCUGGGGCGACCCCAGCUACAAGAGCGCCAACUUCCUCCAGCACCUGCUGCACCGGCACAAGUUUUCCUAUGACACCUUCGUGGACUACAGCAUCGAUGAAGAAGCUGCCUUCCAGGCUGCCCUGGCUCUGUCCCUCUCUGAGAACUGAAGGUGUAGCCAGCCACCUGCCCCUAGCCUGGGGUCCAGGACGCCCUCCCGCCUCAAGGAACAGGGCUGUUGCCCUCCUGCCCAGGAGCACACCUCACCGGGCCAAGUGGGAUCUCCUGCACGAGGAGGGCUCAUCCGAGAGCCUCUAGGGCUGGACCUGGCUGGCUACCCCUUGCCAUCAGCAGGGCUGCCUGGGUCCUGGCCAGCCGCGCUGGGCAUUCGGUGCUUUGAGGGGCAGGUGCUGCCAUCUGGGACUUAGAGCAGUCGCUGUCUCUUCCAAGCCACGAUGUCCUCCUUGCUGGGAAGCAUGGGGUGCCCUGAGGUGUGCGGCUGCAGGAACGGGAGGAGGAGCCCCGCCGCCCGACGGGCAUCCAGCUCGCUUCCACAUACGCACCUGGUACUGGCUUUUGUGAUACUUAGAAACCCCAGCGUUUUUCUAUCUUAUCCCAUGUGAUAAUCUUUUCACGUUUUAUAGAGCAAAGACGAAGCAGUUACCUUCAUAUUGCAAUAUCUGUGUUUGACUAGGAAGAAUAGUAUUUUUAUGGAACAUUUACAAAAUUAUAUUUUUAAAAAAAAAGAUUUAAAAAAAACGUGUAAGGGAUCAGUGUGUGGAGUGCAGGAGCAGUGGGUGCUCUGGAACCAGAGGCAGCUGGUGUCCUCUGCAAGGGAACCGUGGUGGCAAACCCAGGCUGCUGCUAGCGGGGGCUCUGGCUUGUGGUUUAUUUGGCGAUAACCAGGAGAAGACACCGCUCCCUCCCUGACUGCCUGCCGAGGCUAUGCCUACAGACGCAGGGUGGCCCGUGCAGUGUGGGGGCUUCCUCUGCCAGGUCCUGGCCUCGGCCCAGAGUCACCUUCCAGAGCAGACCACAUCCUUCCCAGGCAGAGACUGCAUCCGACAGUGGCAGAGUGUGGGGGGCCACCAGUGGCCUGCUGGGAGCUGGGUCAUGCCAGAAAACACCUGUAGGCUCUCCUGUUGUGUCCAUGGCAUAAAUUAUUGCUGUCUUUUCAAAAAAAAUUAAAUGUUUCUGAGCAUCUGCA